UGAAUGUUUGAAUAGCGGUGCUUGUACAUCGGGUGCAUAGUCAUGGGACCUAAGUUAGCGCAAGACAGUCAUUCUUGCACAAAGCUGGAUCUUUGUGGCUAAGCUCCCCUCCUUUGCUCCUCCCGCCGUGGGGUUUAAUCUCUCAGGCCCUUUAAUCCGCAUAUGUACUCCUAAAAUCUUAUCAAUAUCGAAAAUGAAGUCUACUAUGUUUUUCGCUCGUUAUAUUCUGUUCGGUCUUUUCGUCGUCUGUAAUGCCAUCAUAUGCACUGUUGCUGUAUGGAAUCACAGCCUCGUCCAAGCUACAGGAAGCCAGACUGCGCAAGUCGAUGUCUAUCUCAUAUUUCUGGGCGCAUUUAGUCUUGCUUUUAUAUUCCCAAUUAUCUUCGCCGACUUACUAUGUACAGAUCCAUUCUCUGCGCGAGUGUGGAUUGAAUGCGCAUGGGUAGCACUCAUCUGGCUCAUGCAAUUGGGUGGUGCGGCCGCCGUGACCGCAAUUGCACCGCAUAUUCAAUGCUCCGCCCAAGCCACCAAAGUGAAUCACAACUCCUGUUUGUCGACCAAUGUUCUUGUAGCUUUUACUUGGAUCUGUACUAUUAUAUUGCUUCUUUAUCUGUCUCUUCUAGUCGUAACAGCGGUUACGACACAAGCGAUCGAUCCAGGUGUAUGGCAUCACAAUGUUCGUUAUCUCCGCAUUGAGACCACUCGCCAAUGCUUGCCUAGUGCUCAGAACUCGCCGACAACUCCGCGAUUUGUCAAAGGACGCGGAACAUCGGUAGCCCAUAAACCCCGCUCGCCUCGCCCAGUUGCUCUGAAUCCGGACUAUGGACAUCGUGCUGGACUUGACUCUGAGUACGAGAUCGAACAUUAUCGCCCUCAUGAGCCACAACAUAUACCCGUGGAUUCCGCCUUGUCCUUGCCUGAAGCUCCCUCUGUAUCAUAUCCUUCCCCCGCUCUCGUCUACUCGCAAAGAAUUCGUGGUUUGAUUCCUCCGCAGAUGGAUCUUCCACCGGCACCGGCACCUUCUCGACUUAAUACAUCCAUCACCUAUUCGAAGUCGCUCCAAUCAUCAAUACCGGCGCAGGAGGCGCGAGCAUCGCCCCCAUCUCCAUCACCCCCAUCUUCGUCGCCAUUUGACUGGCCGCGAGCAAAUAUCAUGGAGCAACCAAUUAGGACGAAGAGAAAACCACCACCCAGCGCUUUCGAGUUUCCGAGUCGAAGCGCUCAAGUUCCGUCGGAGCUCCCUUCUAAUACUCCCCUUGAUUCGUUGACACAUCCCCGCACUAGACGGCCUUCUGGUCCUCGCGUGCGGCCACCGUCAGCUGACGAGACACAGCACCCUGCUCCUUAUUUGGCUCAGCACACACAUUGAUAUUGAUAAGACGGGAGCGUGAACUUUGAAGUCGAGUUAGGAAGUAGAUUAUAUACCUAUAUGAUACUAGAACUCGAUAGAACACCUUUUGAGUUUUGUCAGUUGUCUUAUUAAAGUCUACUGAGAGAGGAAAUUAAAUUUAGUGUACACUUUC